UGAAUCGAAUAAAACGAUAAAAACCAAGUCUAAUUCUCAAAAUAAUUGCAACGCAAAAUGACAUAACUAACAGAGUUAUUGCCAACCUUGCGAAACUCUAAAUUAUCUCAACUGAAUUAAAUUCCCGAUUUUUAAUCUUUAAUAAACUCAAACUUGAAGCGUCAUUUCGUUACGUCACUCCUCAAACACUAUAAAUACUCCUCRCAYCCUCCAUCAUCUCACUCAAAAUGGAAGCGUUGAAAGUGCGCCCCGACCUCGCCUCCUUCAUCACCUCCGUGUCGGAGACCUCCGGGAUCAAGAACCCCACCAUCGCCUCCAUCACCACCAACCAGAAGGGCGAGGGCUACCUGGGGGAGAUCUUCAUGGUGACCAUCACCGACCCCCAAGGCCGCCCCCACCACAUCGUCGUCAAGGCCGCCUUCCUCGACGAGAAAAUCCGGGAGAUCGCCCCGAUCCGGAAGAGUUUCCAGAACGAGACCUACUUCUACUCCCACCUCUGCCCCGCCUUCGGGCAUUUCGCCGGAAAAUCCCCGGAGUUUGUGCCCAAAUGCUUCAAAACCGUCGUGGAGGAAAACCGGGAAAUGCUCGCCUUGGAAAACCUCAAAGAAAAGGGGUUUGAYUGUUUUGACAAAACGGCCGAAUUAGACGAGAAACAUGUCGAGUUGAUUUUCAAGACUUAUGGCCGGUUUCAUGCCUUUUCUUUCGCGCUCCGGGACCAAAACCCGGAAAAAUACAACAAGUUGGUCAAGGGGCUGUGCAACGUCUAUGGGGAGUUCCUGGAGAAGAAAUACUUCCCGGAGCAUUUGAUGGAAGUGAGCAAAGUGGUCGAAAAGGCGUUUGUUCCGGGCGAAGAUGACGAUAUCAUCACCCAGUAUAAAAAAUACUCCGGGUACAACAUCGUCAACUCGUUUGCAGAUUGUGUCAACUCUGAGCCUAAAUACGCCGCUUUGCUACACGGUGAUUGCUGGAGCAACAACAUGAUGUUCAAAUAUCAAGACGGUAGUGUGACCGACAUCAGACUUAUCGACUGGCAAUUGAUGAAAUCCGGGAGUCCGGUUUGCGACCUCUCCUAUUGCCUCUAUUCCGGGGCCUCGAAGCGGGUUUUUGACAAUCUGGACCACUACCUCCGGAUUUACCACGACAGUUUUUCCGGGUGUGUCAGGGAGUUGGGCAGCGAUCCGGGACUUUACCCGUUUGAGGCCCUCAAGGCCGACUGGAGGAAAUAUGCCAAAUUCGGGAUGAUCAUGUCGUUUGGGAUUUUGAGAAUGAAACUCACGAAUAAAGAGGACAUUAUUGACCUCACUGAUGAUUUUAAUAUGGACGAAUUUGGGGAAGUUUUCUCCAAAUUGAGGUUCAAUGAGAAGGAUUAUUACUCGAGGAUUAGGGGCCUCGUGAGGCACAUGCACGAAAUAGGGGCUCUUUAGGCGAAGUGGGGGUUGAGGGGGGUUUAUAAAUUAAUUUUGUAAAUAUUUUCGCUAUUGUGAUUGUAAUAAAAGUUAAAUCUAGUCAUAAGAUCAAAUAAAUUGAACAAAAAUGUAUUUUAUAUAUUUUCAUAAAAAAAUUCCUUUAGAAACUGAAAAAUAUAAUAAAAAUUAUACCAACUAUCAAGAGCCCUGUUGUUUUGAAGCCAAAACUAAAAAAUAACAGCUUUUCCCCACAAAACUUUUCACAACAACAAGCCCAAAAUCUACGCCACUGACUUUUCUUUGCAUGCAAUAGUUUUGUUGACCUUGUAUCCUAGCAACCGGAUAUUCAUCAUUACUUAAGCUGCAUCUUAGAUUUGUUGCUAAGCAACCAAUACAACACUUUUAAUGGGUUUUAGGUCAGUGGCGUUCUGCAAAAUUUUGCUAAAUAAUCGACAUUUCUUUUAUCGAAGCUCAAAACUUUACUUUUGGWUAAAAAAAUAAAAUAAAAAUAUUUUUAAUUGAUCAAUGAUCACAUUUAACAAAAAAGAUUUUUCAAGAGUUUCCAUGUAAACCAUACAUUUUUUUAAAUUAGUGAAAAAAAAAUGGUUCAGAAACUGAAAAAAUAUAAUAAAAAAUUGUACCAACUACGUUACUGACUUUUCUUUUACAUGGAGUAACCUUGUUGACUUGUAUCCUAGCAACCAAAGAAAAUUAAGCUCUUUUACUUAACUUACAUCUUAAAUGCUAAGCAACCAAUACAUACAACACUUUUAGUGGGCUUUAAGUCAGUGGCGUACCGCAAAAUUUUGCAAAAAAAAACGUUUUUUUAAUUGAAGCCUAAGACUUAAUAAUCUUAAUUUAAAAUAGAUUGAACGAAAAUGAUUUUUCAAUAGAUUCAAAAACUGAAAAAAAUUAAUAAUAAAGUUUUCCAACUACGCCACUGACUUUUCUAAUCUGUUCAAACAAAAAAAAGCUUUUAGUAAAAAUUCUAAAAAUUUUCAUAUUAGAUAUUUCCGAAACCGUUUCUGGAUCCAUUUUUAAAACUUU